AUGACCCUCCGAGACUUUGGUGUCCACCGUGUUCGACUUUUAAUUAGUUCAGUGGGCCUGGAAGGGAUGCUCAAUGUCGAUGGCGACCUUAUCUUACCGAUUCUCGACGUCAAGAUCAGACGCAAGAUGGCCAGUGUUUGGCAUGAGUUUUCAAAGGAGGAUCGAUUGAGCGCCUUAGUCCCUUGGUCUACAAGACCUGCACACAACUUCGAACUGGUCACUCUCACAAGCCCUGCUUCUCCUCUAUUCAGCACCGAGGACGCACGAAUGAGGCGCCAACUUGCUGAACUCGACGAGUAG